GAAGCGACAACCAGCUACAUUGUAUCAGAAGAGAAAGGCUCACAUAUGAAAGGGGAUCUAGCUACAGUAGCUAGAGGAAACGAAACCCACCUGAUUAGUCUUUGACUGGAACAGCAAUGGUCAAGAUCACUUUCCUGUCCGUCGCGGGACAGAAAGUCGAGAAGGAGAAUGAUGGAGAAAAGACCGAAAUUCUCAUAACCCAUCCGAUGGUAAGUUAGUGAUGCAUUUUCGUUGUGGUUGAAACAUGAUAUCGCUUUGUGUGCAUUGCCCUUCGAUAAAACAUAGCUAGCUAGCGCUACCUCCAGUAAUUAUUGACUCGCGCGCGGUGGGCUGUCAAGCGUCUGCGGGGAAUUUAACUUGAAAUUUACCAGCACACUGAAGAACGCGGCAGGAGCAUUUUAACCUUGUUUGAGAUCAGAGCAGCCAUUGCCAUUUGGCAGGAAACGAUGCUGUGCGGCUAACAAGCUAUUUGUGGAAAUGUCUGCACUUUGCCAAAUAGUCUACUAAAUAGUCUAGUGACUGAACAAAGGGGAACUGCUAGCAUCAUUACUAUUGAACAUAGUUACGUGGAUGUUCUUAGACAAAUUAGCUUUAUCAACAUCAAUUAUUUAGGCCAACGUUAGGCUAUGAGAAUGUAACGCCGAUGUUGUCAACAUUGGAGUUAAAUUAUUAGCUGUAAGAACCUAAAUCAAGAAGGAUCAAAUUAUUACUUUUGCUCUAAGCAUAAACCUAUAAUGAUUGUUGUGGAUUAUGAAGAAUUAUCUCUUGGCAAAUGUGAAUGGAUUACAAGAAAAACAUGUUUACCAAACACAGGCAGCAGACAAAAUGGCAGAUGGAGGUUACUGCUGCUUGCCAUGCAAGUUCAUAUUUCAUAAGCAGCAUCACUGUGCCAACAGUAGGCUACAGUUCUCAACUUGUGAUGUAGUGGUUCUAGGAAAGCUUUGCUUCCCAGCAUCCUGCUGUUUCAAAUCCAAUCAAAUAUGCUUUGCUUUCAGACAGCCCCUUGCAGACAAUAAUGAGCUACAACGAAAGCCUUAGAAGUGUAUUUGAUCAAAGGUUAGAAGGAUGCAUCUUAACCAAUUAGGGUGUAUGUGUGCCUGUUUUUUUCUCAAGGGUAUGUUGGCAGUGGCCUAUUGGCCAUUACCAUCUAUAGGGUUUGUUGGAAAUGUAGACAGACCAUUGUCACAUUCUCAGUCCAUGUAAGGCCCUCUUAUCUCAAUCAGCGGGGAAGGAGAACACUGGUAGCUAUCUGCCUCUGUGGGGAACACACACACACUGACAGACAGACAACACACACACUGACAGACAGACACACACACACACACACUGACAGACACACACACACACACACACUGACAGACACACACACACACUGACAGACACACACACACACUGACAGACACACACACACACUGACAUACACACACACACACACUGACAUACACACACACACACACACUGACAGACACACACACACACACUGACAGACACACACACUGACAGACACACACACACACACACUGACAGACACACACACACACACACACUGACAGACACACACACUGACAGACACACACACACUGACAGACACACACACACUGACACACACACUGACACACACACUGACACACACACACACACACUGACAGACACACACACACACUGACAGACACACACACACACUGACAGACACACACACACAAUGACAGACACACACACACAAUGACAGACACACACACACAAUGACAGACACACACACACACUGACAGACACACACACUGACAGACAGACACACACACACACUGACAGACACACACAGACAUCGAAAAUGAUGCCUAUCCCUUUGUCCGUGUGCAUCUUAUCUCCUAGUUUAUCCUUCAGCACAGGUUGUCAUAACACCAAGGUUUUUGGUUUGAUAGUCUGUGAGCUGUUUUCAUAUGCAGGCAAUAGCAACGUCAGGAGAAUUUCACUCCAAGUACCAGCUAAGAAUAACUUGCUUUGUUGUCUCCUACGCACAGAGCUCAUCCUCCAGGAUAAAUGUACCUGUAGAACCACCUUUCCACCCACGUAGUUGAACAUAUACGGUAGAAAGGAUUUCCGCUCACAUCAGUCACAUGUUAUGUUAAUUAUCGUAAAUGGUUACGUGAGUGGUGUAGGCUACUAUCGUGUGCCUCGUGCCAACCCGUGCCACCCUGUCAACACACCGGUUGAGCAUGUAGCAGAGGCAGAUGGUGUGAGAGACAUGGGGUGGCGUUACACUCUGUCUUAGAAGUGCCACGUUACUAACCACUUUGUCAUCCCUCUCUCUGCCAACCACGUUGCUGUUUCCCUGCUAAAACGUGCAGAUUUAUUCCACCUAGCGUAAUUAUAGCUGAAGGUUUCAGGAUUCACUUUUGUAUAAUCAUCUUUCUAUCUAAGAGCAGGAGGGGGGUGAUAAUUAAGUAAGUAAGCCUUGGACAAGUAAGCUUUGUCUUGAGUUUGUUCUGUAGCAUGAGGCAGCUUGAUGUAGAAGUGCACCCCCUGGACAGGACACUAGCCUGGUGUAACAUGCAUGUGUGUGACCCUGUGCCUCUCCCUGUUCCCCUGUCAGGAGGAUGAUGAGGAGCUGGUUUUGCCUCUGCGCUCCCGGAGGUCUCCUCUGAACGGCCUAUGCUGCCUGACCUCUGGCCUGGUGGUCUUCAUGUCUGGCCUGGUGUUGGCCUCCAUCUAUGUCUACCGCUACUACUUCAUACCUCAGGUACCUGGCACCUUCAUACAGUGUCUCAGUACAGUGACAGUAUGAGACAACACUCUGAUGAGACCACUUAGGACUACAGUGGGGAAAAAAAGUAUUUAGUCAGCCACCAAUUGUGCAAGUUCUCCCACUUAAAAAGAUGAGAGAGGCCUGUAAUUUUCAUCAUAGGUACACGUCAGCUAUGACAGACAAAGUGAGGAAAAAAAUUCCAGAAAAUCACAUUGUAGGAUUUUUAAUGAAUUUAUUAGCAAAUUAUUGUGGAAAAUAAGUAUUUGGUCAAUAACAAAAGUUUCUCAAUACUUUGUUAUAUACCCUUUGUUGGCAAUGACACAGGUCAAACAUUUUCUGUAAGUCUUCACAAGGUUUUCACACACUGUUGCUGGUAUUUUGGCCCAUUCCUCCAUGCAGAUCUCCUCUAGAGCAGUGAUGUUUUGGGGCUGUUGCUGGGCAACACAGACUUUCAACUCCCUCCAAAGAUUUUCUAUGGGGUUGAGAUCUGGAGACUGGCUAGGCCACUCCAGGACCUUGAAAUUCUUCUUACGAAGCCACUCCUUCAUUGCCUGGGCGGUGUGUUUGGGAUCAUUGUCAUGCUGAAAGACCCAGCCAUGUUUCAUCUUCAAUGCCCUUGCUGAUGGAAGGAGGUUUUCACUCAAAAUCUCACGAUACAUGGCCCCAUUCAUUCUUUCCUUUACACGUAUCAGUCGUCCUGGUCCCUUUGCAGAAAAACAGCCCCAAAGCAUGAUGUUUCCACCCCCAUGCUUCACAGUAGGUAUGGUGUUCUCAGCAUUCUUUGUCCUCCAAACACGACGAGUUGGGUUUUUACCAAAAAGUUAUAUUUAGGUUUCAUCUGACCAUAUGACAUUCUCCCAAUUCUCUUCUGGAUCAUCCAAAUGCACUCUAGCAAACUUCAGACGGGCCUGGACAUGUACUGGCUUAAGCAGGGGGACACGUCUUGCACUGCAGGAUUUGAGUCCCUGGCGGCGUAGUGUGUUACUGAUGGUAGGCUUUGUUACUUUGGUCCCAGCUCUCUGCAGGUCAUUCACUAGGUCCCCCGGUGUGGUUUUGGGAUUUUUGCUCACCGUUCUUGUGAUCAUUUUGACCCCACGGGGUGAGAUCAUGCGUGGAGCCCCAGAUCGAGGGAGAUUAUCAGUGGUCUUGUAUGUCUUCCAUUUCCUAAUAAUUGCUCCCACAGUUGAUUUUUUCAAACCAAGCUGCUUACCUAUUGCAUAUUCAGUCUUCCCAGCCUGGUGCAGGUCUACAAUUUUGUUUCUGGUGUCCUUUGACAGCUCUUUGGUCUUGGCCAUAGUGGAGUUUGGAGUGUGACUGUUUGAGGUUGUGGACAGGUGUCUUUUCUACUGAUAACAAGUUCAAACAGGUGCCAUUAAUACAGGUAACGAGUGGAGGACAGUGGAGCCUCUUAAAGAAGAAGUUACAGGUCUGUGAGAGCCAGAAAUCUUGCUUGUUUGUAGGUGACCAAAUACUUAUUUUCCACCAUAAUUUGCAAAUAAAUUCAUUAAAAAUCCUACAAUGUGAUUUUCUGGAUUUUUUCCCCUCAAUUUGUCUGUCAUAGUUGACGUGUACCUAUGAUGAAAAUUACAGGCCUCUCUCAUGUUUUUAAGUGGGAGAACUUGCACAAUUGGUGGCUGACUAAAUACUUUUUUUCCCCACUGUAUAUGUCUAACUACUCUAUACUAUACUCUAUGGUCCUAUCUUUUGAUGUGGGAUUUCUAAAUGUGCAUCCUGGUGUAACUGUCUCUGAUGGUGGGGGUGUUAUGAUGUACAGUUGAGAUCAGAGUUUUCCAUUUGUUUAUCAGCACAUUGGUCAUUCUAUCCCAGUCGUGGAUCAUGAUAAUGAAGACUGAUCAUGAAGAUGAUAGUUAGUGAUAGCCUUGCUAACGGUUCCCCUGUGCCUUGACCUAGAUCCCAGAGGAGAGUCUGUUCCACUGCAGGGUUCGUUAUGAAGACUCUGUGUACGCUCCUCUGAGAGGCAGACAGGAGCUGGAGGAGAACGUGGGCAUCUACCUGGAAGACAACUAUGAGCAGAUCAGCGUGCCUGUGCCCCAUUUUGGAGGAAGCGACCCCGCUGACAUCAUCCACGACUUUCACAGGGUGAGGAGGACUAGGCACAUGUACACGCACGCGCACACCUCUUGUAGGAUGUAGAGUCAAUCAGCCAGGUUUUUACAGUUUUAAUUAGUUAUUUUUCUCUGUCUAUGUCACCAGGGACUGACUGCCUACCAUGACAUCACUCUGGACAAAUGCUAUGUCAUCGAGCUCAAUACCACCAUCGUCAUGCCCCCACGGAACCUCUGGGAACUGCUGGUCAACGUUAAGGUAACAUAAAUCCUGUCUCUCUCUCACUUUCUGUCUGAGAUACCAUCUCUCAUUUUCCACAUCCUAUUAUGUUCUCUCUCUGCUCUCCCUUCUGUCUCUGUCCCUCUCUCCGCUCUCCCUUCUGUCUCUGUCCCUCUCUCCGCUCUCCCUUCUGUCUCUGUCCCUCUCUCCGCUCUCCCUUCUGUCUCUGUCCCUCUCUCCGCUCUCCCUUCUGUCUCUGUCCCUCUCUCCGCUCUCCCUUCUGUCUCUGUCCCUCUCUCCGCUCUCCCUUCUGUCUCUGUCCCUCUCUCCGCUCUCCCUUCUGUCUCUGUCCCUCUCUCCGCUCUCCCUUCUGUCUCUGUCCCUCUCUCCGCUCUCCCUUCUGUCUCUGUCCCUCUCUCCGCUCUCCCUUCGUCUCUGUCCCUCUCUCCGCUCUCCCUUCUGUCUCUGUCCCUCUCUCCGCUCUCCCUUCUGUCUCUGUCCCUCUCUCCGCUCUCCCUUCUGUCUCUGUCCCUCUCUCCGCUCUCCCUUCUGUCUCUGUCCCUCUCUCCGCUCUCCCUUCUGUGUCUGUCUGUCGCUCUCUCGCUCUCUCGCUCUCAAUUCAAUUCAAAGUGCUUUAUUGGCAUGGGAAACAUAUCUUUACAUUGCCAAAGCAAGUGAAAUAGAUAAUAAACAAAAGUGAAAUAAACAAUAAAAAAUGAACAGUAAACAUUACACUCACAAAAGUUCCAAAGGAAUAGAGAAAUGUCAAAUGUCAGAUUAUGGCUAUAUACAGUGUUGUAAUGAUGUGCAAAUAGUUAAAGUACAAAAGGGAAAAUAAAGAAACAUAAAUAUGGGUUGAAUUUACAAUUGUGUUUGUUCUUCACUGGUUGCCCUUGUGGCAACAGGUCACAAAUCUUGCUGCUGUGAUUGCACACUGUGGUAUUUCACCCAAUAGAUAUGGGAGUUUAUCAAAAUUGGAUUUGUUUUUAGAAUUAUUUGUAGGUCUGUGUAAUCUGAGGGAAAUAUGUCUCUAAUAUGGUCAUACAUUUGGCAGGAGGUUAGGAAGUGCAGCUCAGUUUCCACCUUAUUCUGUGGGCACAUAGCCUGUCUUCUCUUGAGAGCCAGGUCAUCCCUAUGGCGACCUUUCAUAAUAGCAAGGCUAUGCUCACUGAGUCUGUACAUAGUCAAAGCUUUCCUUAAUUUUGGGUCAGUCACAGUGGUCCGGUAUUCUGCCACUGUGUACUCUCUGUUUAGGGCCAAAUAUCAUUCUAGUUUGCUCUGUUUUUUUGUAAAUUCUUUCCAAUGUGUCAAGUAAUUCUCUUUUAGUUUUCUCAUGAUUUGGUUGGGUCUAAUUGUGUUGUUGUUGUUGUUGUCCUGGGGCUCUGUGGGGUCUGUUUGUGUUUGUGAACAGAGCCCCAGGACCAGAUUGCUUAGGGGACUCUUCUCCAGGUUCACCUUUCUGUAGGUGAUGGCUUCGUUAUGGAAGGUUUGGGAAUCGCUUCCUUUUAGGUGGUUGUGGAAUUUAACGGCUCUUUUCUGGAUUUUGAUAAUUAGCGGGUAUCGGCCUAAUUCUGUUCUGCAUGCAUUAUUUGGUGUUUUAUGUUGUACAUAGAGGAUAUUCUUGCAGAAUUCUGCAUGCAGUCUCAAUUUGGUGUUCGUCCCAUUUUGUGAAUUCUUGGUUGGUGAGCGGAUCCCAGACCUCACAACCAUAAAGGGCAAUGGGUUCUAUAACUGAUUCAAGUAUUUUUAGCCAGAUCCUAAGUGGUAUGUCAAAUUUUAUGUUCCUUUUGAUGGCGUAUAAGGCCCUUCUUGCCUUGUCUCUCAGAUCGUUCACAGCCUUGUGGAAGUUACCUGUGGUGCUGAUGUUUAAGCCUGGCUAGGUAUAGUUUUUUGUGUGCUCUAGGGCAACGGUGUCUAGAUGGAAUUUGUAUUUGUGGGCCUAGCAACUGGACCUUUGUUGGAACACCAUUAUUUUUGUCUUACUGAGAUAUAUUGUCAGGGCCCUGGUCUGACAGAAUCUGUGCAGAAGAUCUAGGUGCUGCUGUAGGCCCUCCUUGGUUGGUGACAGAACACCAGAUCAUCAGCAAACAGUAGACAUUUGACUUCAGAUUCUAGUAGGGAGAGACCUGGGUGAUGCAGAUUGUUCUAGUGGCCUCGCCAAUUCGUUGAUGUGUGUGUGUGUGUAUAAUAUAUAUAUAUAUAUAUAUUAUAUAUAUAUUAUAUAUAUAUAUAUAUAUAUAUAUAUGUGUACAGUUGAAGUUGGAAGUUUAGAUACAUUUAAACUAAGUUUUUCACAAUUCCUGACAUUUAAUCCUAGGUCAGUUUAAUCCUAGGUCAGUUAGGAUCGCCACUUUAUUUUAAGAAUGUGAAAUGUCAGAGAGAAUGAUUUAUUUAAGCUUUUAUUUCUUUCAUUACAUUCCCAGUGGGUCAGAAGUUUACAUGCACUCAAUUAGUAUUUGGUAGCAUUGCCUUUAAAUUGUUUAACUUGGGUCAAACGUUUCGGGUAGCCUUCCACAAGCUUCCCACAAUAGGUUGGGUGAAUUUUGGCCCAUCCCUCCUGACAGAGCUGGUGUAACUGUGUCAGGUUUGUAGGCCUCCUUGCUCGCACACACUUUUUCAGUUCUGCCCACAUAUUUUCUAUAGGAUUGAGGUCAGGGCUUUGUGAUGGCCACUCCAAUACCUUGACUUUGUUGUCCUUAAGCCAUUUUGACACAACUUUAGAAGUAUGCUUGGGGUCAUUGUCCAUUUGGAAGACCCAUUUGCGACCAAGCUUUAACUUCCUGACUGAUGUCUUGAGAUGUUGCUUCAAUAUAUCCACAUAAUUUUCCUUCCUCAUGAUGCCAUCUAUUUUGUGAAGUGCACCAGUCCCUCCUGCCACAAAGUACCCCAACAGCAUGAUGCUGCCACCCCAGUGCUUCACGGUUGGGAUGGUGUUCUUCGGCUUGCAAGCAACCCCCUUUUUCCUCCAAACAUAACGAUGGGCAUUAUGGCCAAACAGUAAAAAAAAUUUUUUAUCAGACCUGAGGACAUUUCUCCAAAAAGUACGAUCUUUGUCCCCAUGUUCAGUUGCAAACCGUAGUCUGGCUUUUUUAUGGUGGUUUUGGAGCAGUGGCUUCUUCCUUGCUGAGCGGCCUUUCAGGUUAUGUCGAUAUAGGACUCGUUUUACUGUGGAUAUAGAUACUUUUGUACCCGUUUCCUCCAGCAUCUUCACAAGGUCCUUUGCUGUUGUUCUGGGAUUGAUUUGCACUUUUCGCACCAAAGUACGUUCAUCUCUAGGAGACAAAAUGCGUCUCCUUCCUGAGCGGUAUGACGGCUGCGUGGUCCCAUGGUGUUUAUACUUGCGUACUAAUGUUUGUACAGAUGAACAUGAACCUUCAGGCGUUUGGAUAUUGCUCCCAAGGAUGAACCAGACUUGUGGAGGUCUACAAUCUUUUUUCUGAGGUCUAGGCUGAUUUCUUUUGAUUUUCCCAUGAUGUCAAGCAAAGAGGCAAUGAGUUUGAAGGUAGGCCUUGAAAUGCAUCCACAGGUACAGCUCCAAUUGACUCAAAUGAUGUCAAUUAGCCUAUCAAAAGCUUCUAAAGCCAUGACAUCAUUUUCUGGAAUUUUCCAAGCUGUUUAAAGGCACAGUCAACUUAGUUCAUGUAAACUUCUGCCCCACCGGAAUUGUGAUACAGUGAAUUAUAAGUGACGUAAUCUGUCUGUAAACAAUUGUUGGAAAAAUUACUUGUGUCAUGCACAAAGUAGAUGUCCUAACCGACUUGCCAAAACUAUAGUUUUGAUCUGGUGGUCUUCUAUCCACACCUUGAUUGACCCUGCUGUGUGGCAUGGCGCAUUGUCCUGCUGGAAAAACCAAUCCUCAGAGUUGGGGAACAAUGUCAGAGCAAAAGGAAGCAAGUUUUCUUCCAGGACAACCUUGUAUGUGGCUUGAUUCAUGCGUCCUUCACAAAGACAAAUCUGCCCGAUUCCAGCCUUGCUGGAAUUUGCACCCCCAGAUCAUCACCGAUCCUCCACCAAAUUUCAAAGUGGGUGCGAGACACUGUGGCUUGUAGGCCUCUUCAGGUCUCCGUCUAACAUUAGACGACCAGGUGUUGGGCAAAGCUGAAAAUUGGACUCAUCAGAGAAGAUGACCUUAUUCCAGUCCUCUACGGUUCAUUCCUUAUGGUCUUUUGCAAACCUCAGCCUGGCUUUUCUUUGCUUCUCAUUAAUGAAGGGCUUUUUUCUAGCUUUGCACGACUUCAGCCCUGCCCCUAGGAGCCUGUUUCGAACCGUCCUCGCCGUGUACUUCACCCCAGCUGCCGUUUGCCAUUCUUUUUGUAGGUCACUUGAUGUCGUCCUACGGUUGUUGAGUGACAGUCAAAUGAUUUGGGGGUCAUCCCGGUCAGUAGAGAGUUGUUUUCGCCCUCUGCCAGUCUGUAGCUUUGUUGUUCCCAAUGUCUGCUGCUUGACCUUGUUCUUAUGAACCGCUGUCUUUGACAUUUUAAGGAUGGAAGCAACCUGACGCUCACUGUAUCCCUCUGCCAGUAAAGCCAUAAUUGAACCCUUCUAUUCCUCACUCAAAACUUUCCUUUUCAUCUCUUUUGGCAUGGUCAAUAGUUAUUUUUUGAUUAAUAUUACUUUUGAAGUACUAUUAGCACUGUUUUUGCCAUCCAGCUGUUCCUAUUGCAAGAGGAUAGUGAUGACCACAGCAGUGGUUUUUAUACUUUUCCUCGUUAAAUAAGAUUUGUCUCAGAUGAUCACCUAAUCAGUACCUAAUUCAGUAGAAUGAGGUGUGCCUGUGUUGGAAUUCAACAGACACUGGAAUGGAAUGGCUGUCAUACAUGUAGAGAUGCUGAUUUAAGAAAAAUGUGCAGUGUUCUCUUAAUUUUUUCCAGAGCUGUAUAUAUAUGUAUGUAUGUUUAUAUAUGUGUGUGUGUGUGUGUGUGUGUGUAUAUGUAUACAGUUAAAGUCGGAAGUUUACAUACACUUAGGUUGGAGUCAUUAAAACUCAUUUUUCAACCAUUCCACAAAUGUCUUGUUAACAAACUAUAGUUUUGGCAAGUCGGUUAGGACAUCUACUUUGUGCAUGACACAAGUGAUUUUUCCAACAAUUGUUUGCAGACAGAUUAUUUCACUUAUAAUUCACUGUAUCACAAUUCCAGUGGGUCAGAAGUUUACAUACACUAAGUUGACUGUGCCUUUAAACAGCUUGGACAUUUUCAGAAAAUGAUGUCAUGGCUUUAGAAGCUUUUGAUAGGCUAAUUGACAUCAUUUGAGUCAAUUGGAGGUGUACCUGUGGAUGUAUUUCAAGGCCUACCUUCAAACUCAGUGCCUCUUUACUUGACAUCAUGGGAAAAAUCAAAAGAAAUCAGCCAAGAUCUCAGAUUUUUUGGGGGGACCUCCACAAGUCUGGUUCAUCCUUGGGAGCAAUUUCCAAACGCCUGAAGGUACAGUGUUCAUCUGUACAAACAGUAGUACGCAAGUAUAAACACUGUGGGACCACGCAGCCGUCAUACCGCUCAGGAAGGAGACGCGUUCUGUCUCCUAGAGAUGAACGUACUUUGGUGUGAAAAGUGCAAAUCAAUCCCAGAACAACAGCAAAGGACCUUGUGAAGAUGCUGGAGGAAACGGGUACAAAAGUAUCUAUAUCCACAGUAAAAACGAGUUCUAUAUCGACAUAACCUGAAAGGCCGCUCAGCAAGGAAGAAGCCACUGCUCCAAAACUGCCAUAAAAAAACCAGGCUACGGUUUGCAAUUGCACAUGGGGACAAAGAUCGUACUUUUUGGAGAAAUGUCCUCUGGUCUGAUGAAACAAAAAUAGAACUGUUUGGCCAUAAUGCCCAUUGUUAUGUUUGGAAGAAAAAGGGGGUUGCUUGCAAGCCAAAGAACACCAUCCCAACCGUGAAGCACGGGAGUGGCAGCAUCAUGCUGUGGGGGUGCUUUGCUGCAGGAGGGACUGGUGCACUUCACAAAAUAGAUGGCAUCAUGAGGAAGGAAAAUUAUGUGGAUAUAUUGAAGCAACAUCUCAAGACAUCAGUCAGGAAGUUAAAGCUUGGUCGCAAAUGGGUCUUCCAAAUGGACAAUGACCCCAAGCAUACUUCCAAAGUUGUGGCAAAAUGGCUUAAGGACAACAAAGUCAAGGUAUUCCCACAGGGGGCCAGUAUGAAAAAUAAAAAACGAAUGUAUGCACUCACUAACUGUAAGUCACUCUGGAAAAGAGCGUCUGCUAAAUGACUAAAAAUGUAAAUGUAUUGGAGUGGCCAUCACAAAGCCCUGACCUCAAUCCUAUAGAACAUUUGUGGGCAGAACUGAAAAAGCUUGUGCGAGCAAGGAGGCCUACAAACCUGACUCAGUUACACCAGCUCUGUCAGGAGGAAUGUGCCAAAAUUCACCCAACUUAUUGUGGGAAGCUUGUGGAAGGCUACCCGACACGUUUGACCGAAGUUAACCAAUUUAAAUGCAAUGCUACCAAAUACUAAUUGAGUGUAUGUAAACUUCUGAUCCACUGGGAAUGUGAUGAAAUAAAUAAAAGCUGAAAUAAAUCAUUCUCUCUACUAUUAUUCUGACAUUUCACAUUCUUAAAAUAAAGUGGUGAUCCUAACUGACCUAAGACAGGGAAUUUUUACUAGGAUUAAAUGUCAGGAAUUGUGAAAAACUGAGUUUAAAUGUAUUUGGCUAAGGUGUAUGUAAACUUCUGACUUCUACUGUGUGUGUGUUGAAGAGGCUUGGGCUCAAGCUGCAUCCCUGUCUCACCCUACGGCCCUGUGGAAAGAUAUUUGUUUUUUGCCAAUUUUAACUGAACACUUGUUUGUAUACAUGGAUUUUAUAAUGUUGUAUGUUUUUCCCCCAACACCACUUUCCAUCAAUUUGUAUAGCAGACCCUCAUGCCAAAUUGAGUCAAAGCAUGAGAAGACUUUGCCUUUGUUUUGUUUGUUUGUCAAUUAGGGUGUGCAGGGUGAAUACUUGGUCUGUUGUACAGUCAUUUGGUAAAAAGCCGAUUUGACAUUUGCUCAAUACAUUGUUUUCACUGAGGAAAUGUACAAGUCUGCUGUUAAUGAUAAUGCAGAGGAUUUUUCCAAGGUUGCUGUUGACACAUAUGUUGAUGCAUAUCCCACGGUAGUCCAAUCCCACGGAGCACCAUUUAAAUCCAUUAUAAAAAAAUGGAAAGAAUAUGGCACCACAACAAACCUGCCAAGUGAGGGCCGCCCACCAAAACUCACGGACCAGGCAAGGAGGGCAUUAAUCAGAGAGGCAACAAAGAGACCAAAGAUAACCGUGAAGGAGCUGCAAAGCUCCACAGCGGAGAUUGGAGUAUCUGUCCAUAGGACCACUUUAAGCCGUACACUCCACAGAGCUGGGCUUAACGGAUGAGUGGCCAGAAAAAAGCCAUUGCUUAAAGAAAAAAAUAAGCAAAUCGUUUGGUGUUCGCCAAAAGGCAUGUGGGAGACUCCCCAAACAUAUGGAAGAAGGUACUCUGGUCAGAUGAGACUAAAAUUGAUUUGAGACUGGGACAGAGGUUCACCUUCCAGCAGGACAAUGAUCCUAAGCAUACUGCUAAAGCAACACUCGAGUGGUUUAAGGGGAAACAUUUAAAUGUCUUGGAAUGGCCUAGUCAAAGCCCAGACCUCAAUCCAAUUGGGAAUCUGUGGUAUGACUCAAAGAUUGCUGUACACCAGCGGAACCUUGAAGAAUGGGCAAAAAUCCCAGUGGCUAGAUGUGCCAAGUUUAUAGAGACAUAGCCCAAGAGACUUGCAGCUGUAAUUGCUGCAAAAGGUGGCUCUACAAACUAUUGACUUUGGGGGGGUGAAUAGUUAUGCACGCUCAAGUUUUCUGUUUUUUUGUCUUGUUUAUUUCCAGGUGUUCUGGGUCUCUGUUUUUGAUUGGAUAGGUUUCUCAAUUUCUUAGGUUUUUACAUUCUUCAUCAAACCAUUUGUCGUCAUUGUUAAUUUUCUUAGGUUGUCUGCUUGAAAUUGUUAGAUUUGAUAGGGAAGCUGAGAGGUCAAAUAUACUGUUUAGGUUUUCUAUUGCCAAGUUUACGCCUUCACUAUUACAGUGGAACGUUUUGUCCUUGAAGUUGUCUAAAAGGGAUUUAAUUUGUUGCCUAAUUGUUUUUUAGUAGGUUUCUACACUACUUUCCUUCCAUCUAUAACAUUUCUUAAUAUUGUGCAGUUCCUUUGGCUUUGAUGCCUCAUGAUUGAGUAUUGCUCUGUUCAAGUAGACUGUGAUUUUGCUGUGAUCUGGUAGAGGUGUCAGUGGGCUGACUGUGAACACUGAGAGACUGGGUUGAGGUCAGUGAUAAAGUAAUCUACAGUACUACUGCCAAGGGAUGAGCUGUAGGUGUACCUACUGUAAGAGUCCCCUCAAAGCCUACGAUUGACUAUGUACACACCCAGCAUGCGACAGAGCUGCAGGGGUUGUGACCCGUUUUUGUUGGUUGAUUUGUCAUAGUUGUCUCUAGGGGGGCAUAUUUGGGAGGUAAUGCUGUCACCUCCAGGUAGGUGUUUGUCCCCCUGUGUGCUGAGGGUGUCAGGUUCUUGUCCAGUUCUGGCAUUUAGGUCGCCACAGACUAGUACAUGGCCCUGGUCCUGGAAAUGGUUGAUCUCCCCCUCUAGGAUGGAGAAGCUGUCAUCGUUUAAAGUAUGGGGAUUCUAUUGGGGAAUAUAGGUAGCACACAUGAGGACAUUCUUCUCUGUUGAGAUAAUUUCCUUAUUCAUUUCUAGCCAGAGUCUCUUCCCUGUUUCACACCUGGUAGUUUGGUGGAUGGGCCUUCCAGCUCUCUGUAACUUAGGGGGCAACCAGUGGGUCCAUCUCCUCUAUACCAUGUUCGCUGUAGAAUGUCAAUGUCUGUAUUUCCAAUUUCUUUGAAGUCUGGGUUCCUCCUCUCUCUCCUCUCCCUUCUCUCUUUUCCUCUUUCUCUUUCUGAACUCUAACCCUGUCUACCUCCCCCUCUCUGUCUUUAGAAGGGGACGUACCUGCCCCAGACAUACAUUAUCCAGGAAGAGAUGGUCGUGACGGGGAAGGUUCACAACAUGCGCCAGCUGGGGCCCUUCAUCUACCGCCUGUGUAACGGCAAGGACACGUACCGUCUGAAGCGCCGCGCCCGCAGACGUAAGUUGGGGAGAUGUGAUGGAGAGGGGGAGGUUCAGAGCCUUGUAUAAGGUUUUGCGGGUCACUCAGGGUCUGAAUGGUCUAUCUUUUCUCUUGUCUAAUAAAAGCUUUUCACUGUUUGACUUGUAGGCGUCAACAAACGGGAAGCGGCGAACUGCCAUCGCAUCCGCCACUUUGAGAACACGUUUGUUGUUGAGACGGUCAUCUGUGAUUGAGCGUAAACUGUUACCCCACCAUGACCGCCACGCACGACACCCCAAGGCACAGCCACCUCUCCAGCCACUGUAGCGCAUCCCUGUGUAGAUACUUUGAAUUACGUUUCAGUUGCACUUGAACUAUGGUUUUGUUCCUUUUUUGGUAUGUUUUACUGUCUCUUAUAAAAAAAGUUCAUUUUUGUAAUUGUCAGUAGUGAUGUUUUCCUUGUGUUUCCUGGCUGCAAUAAUACAUGUUUUUCUCUGUGAUUUACCUUGGCUGAAAUAGUUUCAUGUAGCAGAACCACUAAGCUAAUUAUAAUGGGGGGGUUCCACUUAAGAUAACUGUGUGACUGCCUCUGUUGUCAGGGGAGACAACCGUUUCCAUGUGUUGUCAAGGUGACUGUACUUGAUUUCCCUGCUCUUGAAAUUACUGCUCAUCCCUGUUCGUUUUGUAAUAGGACCCUGUGCUAAGGCAUGAAAUCUUGCUACUCAGCAAACACCCGACCUAAUGUUGUGCCGCAUCGCUCUCAGCUUUAUCUCUUGCUCUUUGUCUCACUCUGUUUCUCUGUCACUGUUUCUCUGUCCCAGCACACCUCCUCUUGCUUCUUUCUCUUUCAGCUGAUCUUUCUUCUUCUUUAGCUCAGUCACCCAAUCGGACUAAGGUAAAAAAAAAUUGAAUGUGAGUUUAAGAAACAGUGUCCCUACAAAGUGAAAUAGACAAAUUGGCCAUUAUUAGUCUUUGUGCACGUUUGCACCUGUAUGUAAGUAGUCUAGAAUCAUGUAUAUGACAUUAAAUACCUGCUCUUCACUUACUGUGUGUAGUUAUAUGUAAUGUAGCAGAUUAUUUCCAGCCAAGCUGCCCUUCCCCCUGUGAAAGCUUCAAAGUUUCUCCCUCCUUUUUGAUGCCCCUCUUAUCACCUCUUCAUUAUUUGUUCUUUCUUUUGGGGGAGGCCGAGCCUCUCCCCCUUCGUUUGCACUCUUUAUCAACGCUUCUGUGAGUCGUUCUAGUAGAAUUCUGUCUUGAUUUUCCCCCCUGCAUGUGUGUUUCUCUGUAAGCGAAAAACUGCACUGUUAGAAUCUUUUAUAAACCACGUUUAAAGCCUUGGUCCAGAGUCAGAGACUGGACUAAAGUAAUGACUGCUGUAAGGGAGUUUAUUAUAUAAUAUGUUAAUCUAUACCUUAGACUGGUCUGUAUAUUUUGUCUGCUGGUGAAGUCUUAUCUGUGAAUAAAGUAGUUAAAACACC